ACAGGUGGGGAAACCAACUUGACCGUCCAUUGGUGGGCUUCCAACGCCAGGUCUUGGCGCUGGGAAUCCAGGCCUUGUUUCCCACACAGCCGGCCACUCCUGAUGAUUGGGAGCAAGAGUUUAAGUCCGCGCUCCGUACGCGGUGCUCGCUGGGUGAUCUUGGACAAGUCAUUUAACAUUUACCUCUCUGAGCUGAGCUUUGAUUUCCUGGGCUGUGGCAUAGACACGAUACUUACAUAAUACCCAUCUCAUUGUUAACGGGGGUAAAUGAGGCAUAAGCCUAUAAACACUUAGCUCAGUGCCUCAGGCAUGGCAUGUGCUUAGAAGAAUAGCUAUUCUUUAUUCACUUUUUCAGCGAGUGUUUAUUGAGGGCGUAUUAUGUGCUGACACCGUGCUCGACGCUGGGGAUGCAAAGCUCUACCGGGGCCAUGUCAGAACGAGAAGAGCGGCGGUUUGUGGAGAUCCCUCGGGAGUCAGUCCGACUUAUGGCAGAGAGCACGGGCCUGGAGCUGAGCGAUGAGGUGGCGGCCCUGCUCGCAGAGGAUGUGUGCUACCGUCUCAGAGAGGCCACCCAGAAUAGCUCUCAGUUCAUGAAACACACCAAAAGGCGGAAGCUGACUGUGGAAGAUUUCAACAGGGCCCUCAGAUGGAGCAGCGUGGAGGCUGUGUGUGGUUAUGGAUCCCAGGAGGUGCUGCCUCUGCGCCCCGCCAGGGAGGGUGAGCUCUACUUUCCUGAAGACCGAGAGGUGAACCUGGUGGAGCUGGCCCUGGCCACCAACAUCCCCAAAGGCUGUCCCGAGACGGCUGUGAGAGUUCAUGUCUCCUACCUAGAUGGCAAAGGGAACCUGGCACCUCAAGGAUCGGUGCCCAGCGCUGUGUCUUCACUGACCGAUGACCUUCUCAAGUACUACCAGCAAGUGACUCGGGCUGUACUGGGGGACGAUCCACAGCUGAUGAAGAUUGCUCUCCAGGACCUGCAGACCAACUCCAAGAUCGCAGCACUCCUGCCUUACUUUGUUUAUGUGGUCAGUGGGGUGAAAUCUGUAAGCCAUGAUUUGGAGCAGCUGCAUCGGCUCUUGCAAGUGGCACGGAGCCUGGUUCGGAACCCACAUCUCUGCCUGGGGCCCUAUGUCCGCUCUCUGGUGGGCAGUGUCCUCUACUGCGUCCUGGAGCCCCUGGCUGCCUCCAUCAACCCCCUGAAUGACCACUGGACUCUGCGGGAUGGUGCUGCCCUCCUUCUCAGCCACAUCUUUUGGACUCAUGGGGACCUUGUAAGUGGCCUCUACCAGCAGAUCCUGCUCUCGCUUCAGAAGGUCUUGGCAGACCCUGUGCGGCCUCUCUGCUCUCACUAUGGGGCUGUGGUGGGGCUUCAUGCCCUUGGCUGGAAGGCAGUAGAACGAGUCCUGUACCCACACCUGUCCACCUACUGGACAAAUCUGCAAGCUGUGCUGGAUGACUACUCAGUAUCUAAUGCCCAGGUUAAGGCGGACGGGCACAAAGUCUAUGGAGCCAUUCUGGUGGCUGUGGAGCGGCUGCUGAAGAUGAAGGCCCAGGCGGCAGAGCCCAAGGGUGGCCCGGGCGGCAGGGGCUGCCGGCGCUCGGAUGACCUGCCCUGGGACAGCCUCGUCCUGCAGGAGUCUCCUUCCGCGGGCAGCGCGGAGCCCGGCUUCGGGGCUGGCCUCCCGUUGCCGCCAGGAGGCGCGGGGCCGUCGGAACCUUCCCCUUCGGUGACCCUAGCGGACGUCUACCGGGAGCUCUACGCCUUCUUCGGUGACAGCUUGGCCACCCGCUUCGGCACGGGUCAGCCCGCGCCCACGACGCCCCGGCCGCCCGGGGACAAGAAGGAGCCGGCCGCGGCCCCAGACUCGGUGCGGAAGAUGCCGCAGCUGACGGCCAACGCCAUGGUCAGCCCGCAGGGCGACGAGAGCCCCCGACUGAGCAGCUUCUCUCCACAGGGCUCCUUCAGUGGCAGCUGUCCCCUGUAUGGUGUGGCCGCCCUGAAUCGCUCCUCCCUGGCCUUAUCCCGAGGCUCAGCCCCCUCCCUCUGCUACUUUGUGGCUGGGGCCUCUGGCCUCCUGGCCCUCUACUGUCUCCUGCUUCUGCUCUUCUGGGUCUACAGCAGCUGCAUCGAGGACUCCCAAAGAGGCCGGAUAGGGCUCCGCAUUGCACUGGCUAUCUCAGGUAUAGCCAUCUUCCUGGUCUUAGUGUCCGCCUGUGUCCUUCGAUUUGGCACCAGUUCUCUCUGCAACUCCAUCAUCUCUCAGAACACUACAAUUAGCUGCUCUGAAGCUCAGAAAAUUCCAUGGACACCCCCUGGAACCGCUUUGCAUUUUUACUCCAAUCUACACAAUGCUGAAAAUUCUUCUUGGGUCAAUCUGGUAUUGUGGUGUGUGGUCCUGGUGCUUCAGGUUGUGCAGUUGAAGUCUGAAGCCACCCCAUACCGGCUUCUGGAGAGGGGAGACCCUGAAUGGAGCUCUGAAACAGAUGUUCUAGUUGGGCCACGCCUUUCCCAUUCUUGAAGAGUAACCAGAGUGCUUCCUGCAGCCAGUGACUCCCUGCCCAAGUGCCUCUAACCCUCUUGCCCCCACUCAGCCUGUUUAUGCUGAGAGCCUGUUCUCCCUCCAAGAGGGAAACAAGACAGGCACCCUCCACCUCUCUUCUUACAGCUUUUUGUACCAAAAUAUUACAUUACUUUCUUCCUUCAUCUU